GUGUUUGUGCGUGUGUGUCAAAAAAUUCGAGUGAAAAAGAAAACAAAAGGAAUAAAUAAAAACUGAUGAUGAAAAUAUUAAGGCACAAGGCAAACACAGCUCAAUUGUUUCAUGAUGAAAUUUUCGAUGGAGUCCUUUACUGAGGCUGGGAUUUUCCGUUGAUGGGAUGGGAGUGCGAGUCGAUACAAUGUUUUUGAUAGUUUUGUUUAUGGGUAUUUUUAAUAUUUCAAUACUUUGUUUGUUAUAUCGUCGUUCGUCCUGUGCUUUGUUAAUGUGGCCAGCCAGCCAGCCAACCAACCAGGCAGUCCAAGCGCGGUAGAAUGUGUUCAAAGUGCACUAAACACACACACGCACACACACCACCGAACAGCAGAAAUGAAUGGAAAAAUAACCAGAAUAUAUGGCCCGCAGUCAACCACCAACAGUAUAACAAGGCCAUAAUUUCUUUUUCUGGUGGCCUAACGAUUGUCCCGUUUCCAAGGCAACAGUGUCAAAAACCUAAACAAACAACCACACUCACUGCAACAACCACCCGACCUCUGGCAACAUUGUAGACAGGGCCUGUAAGGACAACGGUCAAAUUCAAGUGGUGGUAGUUGUGUUAACUCGUUGCCGGACAAGCUGGCGUUGGUUGAGAGCAUUUGAAGCAUUCUCGCUCGUCACUCCUUUCAGCCACAACUAUUGCGGCCUUUUUUCGCAUGGCAGAUUUAGAAAGAAAAAAAAACAACCAACAAAACGUCGGAUUUCUGGUCUAUUUUUUGCUCUAACAUUUGUUAAAACAUUGCAGAAAUUGUAAUCGAGAUGCCUACUUAGACUGGACCUUGACUGGCAUGCACAGACAAACACUCGCAUUCUCGUACAUUUAUGCCUACUGAGAGAACCCAACUGUCUUUACCCGAUCCAUGUUGGUGGAUUUUACAUAAAAUUACUGCGUAUUUGUGGCGACCGAAACUGCAUUCCAGCUAAAAAAAUUAAUUACAUUCUGCAAUGAAUGCGGAAAUUACUGUGGAUGCCGCUGGCACUCCACUAUCUACUGGUACUGUGGAAGCUGUUCCCACUCCGACACCAGUAGCAGCAGCAGCAGCAGCUCCACCACAACCACCUCCCACUGCUGCUGGUCGUCCCCCAACAUCGUUACUGUUUUCGCGUGGAAAUUUAGUUAGCAGCCGCUUGGGAGGCGAUAAAGGAGCACAGGCACGUCCUUCCACAUCGGUACGUGCCGUGGGCUAUGCAGCCAACAACAGCGGUUCAGCUGGGCAACGCUUUGAUCAGUUUUUCGUUGAAAAGGCCAAACAGCAAACACUCUCCUCCGCCAAUGCGGCGGUGGUGGCCAAAAAAGAAGUAAGUCCCCAGGUGAAAUAUAAAAAUCUGGAAGCAAAAAUAGUGAAAUUACUGGAAUCGUCAAUUGUUUUGGCCGCCAAGGCAUCAUCGAAUCACAAAUUAAAUGGUGAAACGGGCGGUCCGGAGACACUCACUUCGGAAAUGAAAGCAGCUGCUGCCGAGGCGCUUAACAAGGCAAAGGAGGCAUUUUCAUUGGAUCGAACUUUACAUAGAUUUCGGGAUCAACAUGGCGAAAACAUAUUUCAUAACUUCGAUCUAACCUAUGCGGUUUUCUUCAACCUGGCCGAGCAGUAUGAGCGCAAUGACAUGCACAUCGAAGCGCUAAACACCUACAGCAUCAUGACAAAGAACAAAAUGUUUCCACAUGUGAAUCAGCUAAAACUGAAUAUGGGCAAUAUAUACUAUCGCAUGGGUAUGUAUCCGAAGGCGAUUAAAAUGUAUCGGAUGGCCCUCGACUCCGUGCCGAACAAUCUGAAGCAAUUGCGCCUGAAAAUCACCCAGAACAUUGGCAUACUCUUCGUGCGUAUGGGCCAAUAUGCCGAUGCGGCCGCCAGCUUUGAGUUUAUCAUGUCUGAGCGUGCGGACAUUCGAAGCGGCAUCCACUUGAUACUCUGCUAUUAUGCCAUGGGCGAUGUGGAUAAAAUAAAGAGCACUUUCCGAAAUUUAUGUGAUGUCCAGCCGAUGGAGGCUGAAAAGGAUUUGGACAAUGAGAACAGCAUACUAAAGCUGCAACAACAUGUGGUCAGCGAACAGCAGAGCCAACACGACCAGCAGCAGCAGUCGCCGCCGCCCCACCAAUCCCAACGCAAUUUACAUCAUCAGAAUGGAUUCGAAAAUUUGCCAACGGCCGAAAUAGAGGUAAUCAAUGCCGUAAACGGUAAUGGCAGUGGCGGAAAUGGCGGUGGCAGCAGCAGUUUCGACAUCGAUGAUAAAAAUAACAAUACGAAUAAUGGCGGCGUCAGUGGUGGCGACAGUGGCAGCAACUUCACUGGUAAUGGUGCUGAUGUUGGUGUUGGUGCCGGUGUUGUUGCCGGUGCCGGCAACAAUGCCAACGACCAUCGCCCAAAGACUGGUUUAAGGCCUGUCGACCGUAAUGGCUACAUAUUUCAAUCGCUGAAAUCCGACGAGCUGGCAAUUUAUAUCAGGCAACGCAAAAACAAUGAAAAACGCGCCAUAACAAUGAUUGUCGAUUUAAUUUCUCCCAUCAUUGAGGAGAACUACAACGAUGGAUACAACUGGUGCAUUGAGGUCAUUAAAACGUCCAAUCUAUCAUGGCUGGCCAGCGAAUUGGAAUUGAAUAAGGCUUUGGUCUAUCUGCGUCAGAACGAUGUCAAUCAGGCAAUUGAAACUCUGCAAAUGUACGACCGCAAAAGUGAAGGAUCCAUGACGGCCAGUGCGCUCACCAAUUUAAGUUUCAUUUACAUCAAUUUGGGCAAUUUGGAAAUGGCCACACACUGCAUCCAGCAAUUAAACGAAAUCGGAGCACUGCAGAGCAAUGCCAUGGCGUUGGUAAAUGCCAGUAUCAUUGACUAUCACAAACAGAAUUAUGUGGCAGCACGCAACAAACUGGAAAGAGCACUGCAAAUCCAGCCGGACAACUUUGAGGCCAAUUACAACUUGGGCCUUGUGGCAAUGCAGGAAAACGACUUGGCCCUGGCCGAAGAACAAUUUGAAAAUUUGAAGGCACAACUAAUGGUUCCGCACUCGGUGCAGCAUAGCCAUGUUUAUUACGAAUGUGCCAAGCUGCAGGAGAAACUGAAUACGACCACUAUCGGGGGUAACAACUUCAAGUUGAAUAAUACUUCGACAGCUCUGCAGUCUUAUCUUCAGGUCCUGGGCAUAUCGGCUGGAGAAAUUGAUUCACGGCUAUUUGAGAAAGUCGGUUCGAUAUAUGAACAGCUAAAUGACCACCAGGAAGCCAAUCAGUACUACAACGAAGCAUAUCGCAUUAACCCCAGCGACAUCAGCAUCGCCAGUUCGAUUGGAUCCUACUACAUAAAGCUACAGGCCAUUGAGAAGGCCUUGUAUUAUUACGAAAGAGCUGUUCUAGCCGAUCCUAACGAUCCGAAUCUGAUGCUACGCAUUGCCAGUUGCUUUCGAAAUUCUUAUUUGCCACCCAAACAGUAUCUGGGAAUGUUUGAGAAGAUUUACGCCCUAUUUCCGGACAAUCUGAACUGUGUGCGGGCCCUCGUUCAGGUUACGAAAAGUUUGGGCAUGGCCGAAUUAAAUGAGAAGUAUUCGCAGGAGUAUGCACGUUUGCAUAAAGCCCAAACGGAGAGGGAAAAUGAACAGCGUUAUCAGCAGCAGCGUCUGUCAUCGGCCGCCUCAGGCAGGGUAGGAAGCAGCCGGUUAAGAGCUUUUCGCAACGAUCGAAUGUCUGAGUCUGACAAUGGCCUAUCGAAUCCUAUAUCGGCAAACUUUAAUGGCGAACAUUAUGUACGCGCAACGGACUCUGUUUACACAGUGUCUCAACAUACGGAUCCGUUGGGACCCCCUCCAGAACGUCCCCGAACUGGUGCAGUUAAAAGUGACACGACGCCCGACUCCGAUGACGAGGAGAUGAAUGCGGAAAGUUUAUUACCCAUAUAAAUAUUAAUUGCGUUAAGUAAACAAAAUAUCAUCCAGUUUUGUAUUAAAAUUCAUUGACACAAUGAGUAGCAAAUAAAUGUAAUAACACUCUUG